AUGUCUCCCCAAAACAUUCUCGUUUUCGGCGCCACAGGUGCCAUUGGCAGCUUCAUCCUGAACGCAAUCCUCGCCCAGCGCGAGCAGUUCGGCCGCAUUGCAAUCUUCACCUCUGCACGCACCGCAGAGACCAAGGGAGAUGCCCUCAAGAAGCAAGGCAUUGAAGUGAUUGUUGGCAAUCUAGAAGAUGAAAACGCCGUCAAGGCCGCCUACGAAGGAAUAACAACCGUAAUCUCAGCCCUAGGCCGCAACACUCUCGCCCAACAAAUCCCCCUAAUCCGCCUCGCCGCCGUCUCCCCAACCAUAAAAUGGUUCUUCCCCUCCGAAUACGGCACAGACAUCGCCUACAGCCCAGCCUCAGCCCACGAAAAGCCCCACCAGCAGAAACUCAAAGUGCGCGCGGUUUUGGAGAAUGAAAUCUCCCGCGCGGAUCUGGACUACUCGUAUAUCGUGACGGGUCCCUUUGCGGAAAUGUAUUUGCAUUUUACCUCCGGAUUCGAGGAGGUGGGUGGGUGGGAUGUUAAGGGCAGGAAGGCAGUGCUUUUGGGGGAGAAGGGGGAGGAGAGGGUUAGUUUGACGACUAUGGAGGACGUGGGUACUUUUGUCGUAUCUACUCUUCUCAAUGCAACACCCGAGACACGCAAUCGCCCGCUUUGCGUCAAUUCAUUCACCACUAGCCCCGCUGAGAUCCAGUCUCUCUUUGAGCGCCAGGUCCCAGGGCCCUGGGAGGUGUCUUACACUCCUCUGGAGCGACUGCGUGAGAUCGAGGACAAGGCCUGGGCAGCUGGGAAUCCCUCGGCGACGGUAGCGACUCUGCGACGAAUCUGGACCGAGGGCGGCACACUCUAUGAGCAGCGGGCAAACGGGCUGAUUGGAGAGCCAAAGACGACCUCGUUGGAAGAGAUUGUUGCAAGAGAGGUUCGACGGUCCAGUAAUCUGUAG